GGCCGCCAUGGCGCCGCCGCAGAGCUUUUCUGGGGUGCUGCUGCUUGUCCUGGCGCUCGCUGUGCUCGACCCUGCCGCCGCCGCCGCCGAGGAGCCGCGCUGGGCCCCGGCACUGGAGGCGGCGGAGGGGCUGGCGGAGGAGCUGUGGGGCGCGGGGCUGCCCGGCGACCUGCCCGAGCUGGAGCCCGAGUGCCGCAGCCUGCUGGCCGCCUUCGCGGAGGGCUGCGCGGCGCUGACGGGCUGCCUGGGCCGGCGCGCCCGCCCGGUGCGGCUGUGCCAGGGCUGCCACGGGCUCUACCGCCGUCUGCUUACACUGUACGGCAGCAUCGCCCGCGCCGUCGGGAAUUCUUCUGAGAGCCACAAUUGUGCCAAAAGCAUCUUGACCUCAGACAGGCUGCAGAUAGUUGUGACCCUUUCGGAGUUCUUUAAUGAAACCUGGGAGGCAGCCAACUGUGCAAAUUGUUUAAAGAAUAACAGUGAGGGAUUAUCAAAUUCUACUGAAGAAUUCCUGGAUUUAUUCAAUAAAUCUCUGACGUGUUUUGAACAUAACCUUCAGGGACAAACCGUUUAUCUGUCACCAAAUAACUACACAGAAGUGUGUAAAAACUGCAAUGAAACCUACACAAAGUUGAAUGACCUGUAUAACAACUUGCAGAGGAUGAACAGGCAAAGUGAUGAGUCUGGGCACUCCGCACACUUAUGUAUCGACGUGGAAGAUGCAAUGAACAUCACUCGGAAGCUUUGGAGCAGGACUUUCAACUGUUCUCUUCCCUGCAGUGAUACAGUCCCAGUGAUUGCAGUUUCAUCCUUUAUUCUCUUCCUACCUAUUGUUUUUUAUCUUAGUAGCUUCCUUCACUCAAAGCAGAAGAAACGGAUACUCAUUUUGCCCAAGCGCAUCCAGUCAAAUGCCAGUCUCGUGAACAUCCAAGAAAAAUACAGCUGAGCUGCAAAACAAAACCUGAGAACUGCUGCUGGUAUACAGUGGGUACAAUUGUGUUGGAAUGAGGCCGGCACAAAAGAGGAGUUAAUUAUGGUUUAGUGUAAUGAUACAGAGCAACACAAGUUAAACAAAAUGCUGUCUGACUUCUAAGCGAGGGUAUUAACAAACAUGACAAGGCAGGGCUGUGUGACACUGUAUGGACUCUGGUUUUGAAAAAUCUGUGGUGUUUUUUUUCAGUCUCGGACUGAAGCGGGUGUUUUUCUGUUUCUAAGCUUUUGUACUUCACAUCAAUAGAAUAGCUACACUUUCCUUGCAUGGUAUUUUCCUGUAUUCAUCAUAUUUGUUUCACGAAAACAUGAGAUUUUGAAUCUUUUUGAGGUGAUUUUGAUAGACAGGCAAAAAUUGAAAUAAUGUUUGAUGUUCUUGCUUAAAACAUUAUUUUUAAUUUCACAUAAUAUUCAGACUUAGGAUGGACAGGAAACCUUUAAAAAAGAAAAAGUUCCUAUCUUUCCUAUACCACUGUAAAGUCAUGCUGCUGGGAUCUGUUAAAAAAAACAACAAAAACAAACAAAAAGGCAUGACAAAUGAAGAGAAAGUGGUAAUAUGUAGUGUCCAAAACAACAACAAAAGCAGCACAACUGCCAGUGCUGGACUUGAAUAGUAAUCAUUGAUGGCUACAGUAUUCAGUUAUCUCUGGAACAGGUGGCAUAUUUAGUCUUUUGCACACUUUAACCGCUAAAAUAAUUGCUUUUCAAAUGCUAUAUUUUUCAGAGGUUUAUUUUACGUGUCUGUUUGGGUUACAAUGUUUCACUGUCUUUAUUGUGCCAUUUCCUUUCCUUUUUAAUUAUUAAGUGUUCUGGGUUUUUUUAAAUGUUUUUGUAGAGGAGAAGUGAGGUAAAGUCAAUUCACUGGAGAUGCUGAAUUUCCUGUUCUAGAACUUGCUAUGGCUUAAUACAGAGGUGUUUACAGGAACUUUGUAGGGGAGAAGUCGCCUUUGGGUUCUCUUAACUUAAAAACUGUUCUGAAGGACAACGAAUAUACUGUGUUGGAAAUUGGUGACUUUCAAGAAAUAGUGUAAAAAUAUUAUUCCUGUGAAAUAGAUGGAUGUAAACAAAUUUGGGCUUGCAGAAUUCCAAAGCUGAUGGAGAAAUUCGUGCAAUAACUGCAGGAAUGGGUAGUGCUGCUGUCACUCUGUGGGCACAAUUCAGUGGCUGCAGCAAUACUGCCAGUUCGGUUUGUUUAUUGUAUUUCUGAUUUGGGAGAGUGGUGGGAUUGAAAUGAUUUAUAGCAGUACCUGGGCUUAAUGAAUGCCAGAGUCUUUGCUCCAAUUUUUAAAUGUGUUUUCUAACCUUGAGAUUAAAAAAUAAUGGCCAUUACUAAAUGGCUAAAAAAAUUUAAAUUUCUCUUGCAAUCUGUGUCUGAUGUCUGUCAAAACCCCGCAUGAAAUUGUCUUAUGUAUUUGAUUUGCUUUGUUACAUUUUUCCUUUAUUUUAAGGCUCAAAUAAAUAUAUAACAGUGUAACAAAACAGUCCUAAAUCUCUUCAAAUAAUUGGUUUUCUUGGUUUUUUUUUUUUUUUUUUUUUUUUUUUUCUGUUAGGACAUACUAUUUAUUUUGAAGUCAAGUUGACAGUAUGUUUAAUAAUAAGUAAAAUACUGUGUUAGCAAUUGGUCCCACCCACAAUUGCCUUUUUGUGUUUUGUCAGUAAGAAGUAUCUAUCUCCUGCUGCUUAACAUGUGAAUUGCGAGAUCAACAGUCACUUUGUUUUAGGUAGCUUACAACAAUAACAUAAAACUGUUUCUCUUGCUUAUUGCAUAAAGUUACCUUCAUGUGGCUGGGAGAGGCGUGCUGCCUUUAAAUUAAAAAAAUAUUUUUUUUUUUUUUAUAUCUAUUAUUCUUAAACUUCAACUUUCUGGGACUUAAUUCAGCUGCCUGCUCUAAUAGCAUUACAUUGAUUUGGGACAUCAUAUGAUUGAGAGCUGUUCAAAGGAAUCUUUCAUUCGUGCAGAUAAAGCCAGUUUGAAUGUGCAGCAUUUCAGAAUGACAGCUUUUAUACUGUAAGCAGUGGCUUUUUGAGCACAUUCAUGUUAAGUAGGUCUGAAAGUCAUUACUUUUGGAUAUGGUGCUUAAGCACUUUAAAAAAAAAUCAGCUUUUCUUAUUUUCCUCGCUCCCAAGCCAAACGGAAAUACUCAUGUGACUUUUGUUUUUGAUUUUAAAGCAGCAGCAAAGUUUACACUUGGGAUUUUUAAUAAUACAUCUAUUUUCUCCUUUUCUCUUUUUUUUUCCCCUGCCCCAAACUUUGUACUACUAACUUUCUUUACACAGUGUUAUAUUUUUGGUAGGAUAUUUCAUAUAUAAAUGGAUUGAAUUCUCUUUGUACUCUAUUUGCUAGAGAAAUGUGGAAGCACAGAGACUGUGUUGAAAGAGAAAUAGAAUUCUUUUUGCUGCUACUCUUUCAUCUUGGUUUAUUUUUUGCCUUUUUAGUAUUAUAUAUAUUAAGUAGCAUAAACUUUGAAAUACUGAUUGUUUGUAUCUCUUUUGUGCAAAUAAAAAUUUCUUACUGUGGGAUAGCACUUCGAUUCAUAUUUGUACUUACUAGGAAACCUCUAAACAUGGAAAGUCAGCUGUAAUAAAGAUUGUCAAUAAACAAUGAA